GAAUAAUUCAAGAUUACUGCCCCCACCAGCUCCGAGGUGCUUUGUGUGGUCCCCUCAGCUCCGUGAAGCCCUCUGCGGUGGCUGAGAUGGAACACUUAUAUACUGACAUCCUGGCUAGUCGGUCUUCGAAAAACACUGGCAUUCUGCGGUUUCUUUCAAGAUGAGCGACACAACCCAGAAAGUAGACGAUGAGCAGUACCUUGCCCUGGAGAAGAAGGUCGUCAGAAAGAUUGACGCUAUACUUCUUCCCAUCAUGCUCAUAACCUAUGGGCUACAAUACUACGACAAGAGUGUACUGGGUACUGCUGCUAUCUAUGGUAUCAUCAAAGACCUGGGGCUGUCAGAGACUAUCAACGGCGUGACCUAUACCACCAAAUAUAGUACAGCCACUGCCGCUUUCUACUAUGGCUACAUUGUCGCCGUCCUGCCCAUGGGUCUCAUCUUUGCCCGAGCGCCACUUGUCAAGACUGCUGCUCUUUGCGUCUUGAUCUGGGGUCUGGUGGCGAUCCUCACAGUGGUCUGCACCAACUAUCGUGGCUUUGUCGCUCAGCGAGUUAUCCUUGGGUUCGUCGAGUCGGCAGUAUCGCCCGCAUUCGUUGCCAUCUGUGCUCUUUGGUGGAAGCCCCAAGAACAGGCCAAGCGUAUCGGGUUCUUCUACUCUGCCACCGGUGUCUUCAGCAUGUUCUCUUCCCUCGUCAACAUCGGCCUCGGCAAGACAGGCGGCACCCACCCUUGGAAAUCCAUGUACUACUUCUGCGGCUCCCUCACCAUCUCCUGGGCCUUCAUCAUCUACUUUGUCGCUCCCGAGCAUCCUCUGAAGCCGGGUCGCUGGUUCAACGAACAAGAACGAGCCGUUCUUGCCCGGCGAUACUCUGAAAACACCUUCGGCGCGAGUCAGCAGAGCUUGAAGGGCCAUCAGGUAGUGGAAGCUGUGACGGACGUCAAGACCUGGAUCUAUCUGCUCAUGGGUGCGGCAAUCUACAUCUGCAAUGGCUCGGUUACGGCGUUCGGGGCAAAGAUCAUCAGUUCAUGGGGUUACACCUCGCUGCAGACUAAUGCUUUGAUGGUCCCCGGUGGCUUUUUUACGAUUGCAACGAUCGCCAUCUUCAGCUACUAUGCCGACAAGUACAAGAAUAUCAGGACUUUGCUUUUACCACUCAGUUGUGUACCCGUUGUCAUCGGCGCCAUCGUUGUCUGGACGGCGCCUAUGGAUGUCAUCGCUGGACCUCUCAUUGGCUAUUACCUCGUCGCCACUUUCGGCGCCCCUUACGUCCUCCUUCUCACUCUCGCCAGCUCCAACACCGCUGGCGCCACCAAAAAGGGCGUGACAUCUGGCUUCAUCUUCAUCGGCUACAAUGUCGGCAACAUCGUUUCUGCCUAUCUUGUCUUUGCGCAAGAAAAGGCUAUCCGAUAUAGAUCAACUUGGAUCUCGGUCAUCGUCGCUAUGGCCUUUGCCUCCCUGGCUUCGAUUGGACUGCGAUACUUGUACAUCUAUGAGAACAAGAAGAGAGAUGCGACCACCCCCGUGAGAACGGCACCGGGGAGGGAAGAGGUGGAUGAGGAGAAGGUGCUUGGAUCAGGGGAGAGCGCGCCGAGCUUGUUGUCCAGUACGACGGUGGUCGACAAAUCGGACAAGGAACGGCCAGAGUUCCGGUAUACUUUGUAGUGUUCUUUCAGCGUUGUUGUUCUGAAUCUUUGGGUUUCUGGGUCAUAGACGUCUUUGUACUCUCUGCAUCUUGCUAUACUGCUAUGCAAUUGGUAUCGAUAGCUGGUACAUCCAUCAAUUAAUGAGCUAUUGGAGGAUAUGUGAAGGAAGAUACUAUGGCCUCCCAAUCAGGCGUCGACAUACUGACCCGACCUGCCUCUCCCAGACCUUCCAUCAACGGUCCGACAAAACCUUCUGCACCCCCAAAAUCCCCAAACAUUGCCCCUUGUCCCACCACCCCGACUGCCGCAUUAC